AUGGCAGAGCUUGUGAGAGCGGUUAGGAAGGCAAAGCCUACAGCUCCAGGGGGAGAUCAGGUAAGCUAUGUAAUGCUGAAAAAUUUAGGGGAAAAGGGGAUGAACAGGAUGUUAGAAUUGUAUAAUAAGGUAUGGGAGGAGGGAAGGCUACCGAGUGUAUGGAAGGAAGCAGAGGUAGUACCGAUCAGGAAGCCAGGUAAGGACCCAUGCUCUCCUUCUAGCUACAGGCCAAUAGCUUUGACUUCGAACAUUUGUAAAAUUAUGGAAAGAAUGGUAACAGAGAGAUUGACAUAUGUGCUUGAAAAGAGAGGUACGCUGGCGAGAUGCCAAAGUGGAUUUAGAAAAGGUAGGAACACAAUGGACGCAGUGGUGAGACUAGAAAGUGAGGUGAGGAAGGCGCAGGCAAAUAAGGAAUCUGUAGUGGUAGUGUUUUUUGAUAUAGAGAAGGCAUAUGACAUGAUGUGGAAGGAAGGAUUACUGAUUAAGUUGCAGGGGAUGGGGAUUGGGGGCAGAGUUUUUAAUUGGGUAAAGGACUUUUUGAAUGAUAGGAAGAUUCAAGUUAGAAUAGGGUCAGAGAUAUCUAGUAAAUAUGAAGUAAGGAACGGCACUCCCCAGGGGAGCGUAGUUAGCCCACUAUUGUUUCUUAUCAUGAUUAAUGAUGUUUUUUCAGAGGUACCAGCAGAUAUAGGAAGCUCACUGUUCGCAGAUGACGGAGCACUGUGGAAGAGAGGGAGGAACACCAAACAUAUAGUCACUAAGGUGCAGACAGCGAUUGAUGGGGUGACAGAGUGGGGAUUAGAUUGGGGGUGUAGGUUUUCAGUAGAGAAGACUCAAACUAUAAUUUUUACCGGGAAGAGGGUGGGAGUAGAUGUGUCAUUGAGUAUGUAUGGUAGGCAACUGGAGAGGGUUGAGGCAUUUAAGUAUUUGGGGGUGGUAUUUGAUAAGAGGUUAACCUGGGCAGAUCAUAUCAAGCGGGUAGAGGGUAAGUGCAGGAAAGUGUUGAAUGUGAUGAGGUGUCUUGCAGGCAGAGAAUGGGGGGCGAGCUGUGAUGCAUUAAAAACAGUAUAUGUAGCUAUGAUUAGGUCAGUUAUAGAUUAUGGGUGUAUAGUUUAUGGAUCAGCAGCAAAGUCCCUUUUAGGAAAGCUAGAUACGAUCCAGACAAGUGCAUUAAGGAUCUGUAGUGGGGCCUUCCGGACGUCACCAGUGCCUGCAGUACAGGUGGAGUUGGGUGAGAUGCCGCUAUGCCUGAGGCGCAAACAUCUCAUAGCAAACUACUGGGUUAGUUUAAAGGGCAGCAGUGGUACCCACCCCACAAAAGGAGUGAUAGAGGAGUGUUGGGAGGAGGGGAAAGGUAAGAGGGAGCAUUUUGGUAGGAUGGGGAAUAGAAUAACAGCAGAGCUUGGGGUGGGGGAGAUGGAGGUAGACCUAACAAUAGUGUAUCCAGCAAUGCCACCAUGGAGAAUGAUAUGGCCAACAGUGGAUUGGAGUGUAAUGGGAAAGAAAAGGAAAGAGGGAGGACAGGUAAGCUUGGUCAGCGUAGUUAAUCAGCGCCUGAGGGAAGAAUAUAGCGGAUUUGUUCAGGUAUACACGGAUGGGGCAAAACAACCUGAGACGGGGGUGACAGGAUUAGGGGUAGUGGUGCCAUCGAGAGGAAUUGAAAUCAAUAGAAGGACAUCAGACGGUCUAGCGGUAAACACAGUGGAGAUGUUGGGGGUGAUGAUUGCACUGAAAUGGGUGGAAAAAGUUAGAGUAAAGAGGGUAGUUAUAUGCACGGAUUCAGCAUCAGUUUUAGCUAGCAUUAGAUCAUUCCAUUCAAGCAGCCGUCAGGGUUUAUUAUAUGAAAUAUUACAGUCAGUAACAAGAAUAGUACAGCAGGGGGGCCAGAUCAGUUUUUUAUGGGUUCCAGCACAUAUAGGGGUGGAAGGAAAUGAGAAGGCAGACGUGAUGGCUAAGGAGGCGUUAGGGAAGGAAUCAGUGGAGCUGAAUGUUAGGUUAAGUAAAGCGGAAGUUAAGAGUAUGAUAUGGGAAAAGCUUAUUCAAAUGUGGCAGAAGAAAUGGGAGGGUGAGAAGAGAGGAAGGCAUCUUUAUAAGAUUCAAGAAAGUGUUAAAGUUAGGAGGUUGGGUAGUGGACAGAGAAAGGAAGGGUCAGCAUUGAUAAGGUUGAGGUUGGGUCAUAGCGCAUUAAACAAAACACUGAAAAUGAUAGGGAAACACCAGACUGGGUUAUGUGAGGGAUGUCAGGUGGAGGAGUCAGUGGAGCAUGUACUAAUGGGUUGUAGGAGAUAUGAGAUGGAAAGGGGAGAGAUGAGAAGUAAGUUGAGGGAAUUGGGUAUGCAGGACUUUACACUAAAGGGAGUAUUACAGAUGGGGGACAGGGCACAUGUGAGAGUGUUAGUCGAGUUUUUAAGGGUGACGGGGUUGAUUGAUAGGAUUUAG